GGCCUCAUUUAAAUUUUGAGGCCGCUAUAAUGGGCCCAUGCUUUAUCUUCCGGGUCCGAGAUAAUAUUUAGGGCUAUUCUGAUGGCAACUUGCCAAGACUUGAAUUUUCUCAUUCUCGACGACGAACCAGAGAGAGAACAGAACCGUCGUGGUCGAGAGAAGAAGAGCUUUGCGGCAGGUCAUGUACGGAUCUAGAGGUUGGCACCGGACCUACCAGCUUUCCACCUUUUGGCUAUGCCUGCGGAUUCCCUGUCGUUCGCCUCAGGGGUCUUCCCUUCAACUGCGCUGACAUCGACAUCUUCAAGUUCUUUUCUGGCCUCGACAUUGUCGAUGUCCUGCUCGUCAGCAAAAACGGUAAAUUCUCCGGGGAGGCCUUUGUGGUGUUUGCCGGCCCUAUGCAAGUCGAGAUUUCCUUGCAAAGGGACAGACACAAUAUGGGGAGGAGAUAUGUGGAAGUUUUCCGGUGCUCUAAGCAGGAUUACUACAAUGCGGUUGCUGCUGAGGAGGGAGCGUAUGAGUACGAGGCCCGUGCUAGCCCACCUCCCACUGUGCCAUCCAGAGCAAAGAGGUUUAGUGAGAAAGAGAAGCUCGAGUACACAGAGGUUUUGAAGAUGCGAGGCCUCCCUUACUCGGUGAACAAACCUCAAAUCAUAGAGUUUUUCAGCGGGUACAAGGUUAUCGAAGGACGUGUACAGGUUGUGUGUCGACCUGAUGGGAAGGCCACGGGAGAGGCAUUUGUGGAGUUUGAGACGGGGGAGGAGGCGAGGAGGGCAAUGGCUAAGGACAAAAUGUCGAUUGGGUCAAGGUAUGUGGAGUUGUUUCCAACUACACGUGAAGAGGCUCGAAGGGCUGAGGCCAGGUCUAGGCAAUGACUCUUUCCUUCACUAUGUAUCAUUAUAUAUAUAUCCUUUGGACUAAUUUUGUUAGGUUAAGACCCAAAAUGUUCAUCAGUGGAAUCAUAGUAAUGUAAGACCUGUUUGAUUCAGAGUUUCUGCCUUGGGAUCCAGUUACUGUUUGUUUUCUUCUCU